AUGAUUGUACCAGUAGCAGUAGCUUUGACAGUGGGUCUUCUAGGGUGGGCUUAUCAAGCACUAAAGCCUCCCCCUCCGAAAAUAUGCGGAUCGCCUGGUGGUCCUCCUGUUACUUCACCAAGAGUGAAGCUCAGUGAUGGUAGGCAUUUGGCCUACAGGGAGUUCGGAGUUCCAAAAGAAGAGGCAAAACACAAGAUCAUUGUUGUUCAUGGCUUUGGAAGUUCCAAAGAUUUGAGUUUACCUGUUUCUCGAGAACUUGUAGAGGAGUUGAGCAUAUAUUUCCUGUCCUUCGACAGAGCAGGCUAUGGGGACAGUGAUCCAUAUCCCUCGCGUUCUGUGAAGAGCGAAGCAUUCGAUAUUCAAGAGCUAGCUGACAAGUUGCAGAUUGGGUCUAAGUUUUAUGUAAUCGGAAUCUCAAUGGGAGCUUACCCUGUUUGGGGUUGCUUGAAAUACAUACCACACAGAUUGUCUGGAGCUUCCCUGGUAGUUCCUUUUGUGCACUACUGGUGGCCUUGUGUUCCUGCUAAUCUAUCAAGUGAGAGCCUCAGCAGUCUCCCUUUAUCAGAUCAAUGGGCGUUCCGAGUUGCACAUUACGCCCCUUGGUUAUUCCAUUGGUGGAUGACUCAGAAAUUUUUCCCUUCACUAAGUUUCUUGUCUGGAAAUAACUCAGUUUUCAGCCGUUCAGAUUUAGAGAUGCUGCAGAAACUCUCAGAAGCACCAAGUGUUGGUCAGGAAAAGAUAACACAGCAAGGAGACCACGAAUCUCGGUUCCGAGACAUUCUGGCUGGCUAUGCAAAAUGGGAAUUCGACCCAUCGGACCUGAAAAAUCCAUUCCCUGACAAUGAGGGCUCAGUUCACAUUUGGCGAGGGGGUGAAGACAAGAUCAUUCCUUAUAAACUAAACCACUAUAUUGCAGAGAAGCUUCCCUGGAUUCAUUAUCAUGUAGUUCCUGAUUAUGGCCAUUUGCUUUUUUUUGAGGGUCAUCUAUAUGAAGCUAUUUUAAAAGCACUUUUGCUUGGAGAAUAAGCUCCUAUGUUGAUAGCAGGCCUAAUAUCU